AGUCACCCUUCUCCCCUCCCCUCCCCUCCAGUAGAGUAAUUCGAGCAGACGAACAGUUGGACCCGGUGACCAAACUCAACAACUCAAACUACACUCCAGAUUCAACACAACCAAACUGAACCAGGCCAUUACUUGUAGUGGGCAUCUAUUAACUUGAUUUGAUUCAUUAGCGGGACAAAGAAGCGUGCGUAUUGCGCGGGGGGACCAUGAGAGGCUGCGCGCUGUUCCUGGUGCCAUGUUGCUUAUGGAGUUUGUGUGCCGUCGGAGUGGAGUCCAUCCUGGCGGAGCAGGCCCUGAUGUCCGACCUCUUCGCACCCCUCACGUACAACCUGAAGGUGCGGCCGGCCCGCCGUGCUGAGGAGCGCGUGGUGGUGCGAGUGGGCAUGAUGCUCACCUCCUUCGUCGGACUGAACAUGAAGAAUGAAGAGAUGAGUACAACUGUGGUGAUGAAUCUGGAGUGGACAGACCACCGGUUGUCGUGGAAUCCCAAGGACCACAGCGGUGUGGAUGUGCUGCGCAUCCCCUCGGGGAAGGUGUGGCUGCCCGACAUCGUGCUCUACAACAAUAACGAUGGGGUGUUUGACGUGGCGCUACAGGUGCACGUGCAGGUGUACAGCAGCGGCCGCGUCACCUGGUCCCCCCCGGCCCUCUACUGCAGCUCCUGCGGGGUCAAGGUCACCUACUUCCCCUUCGACUGGCAGAACUGCACCAUGCAGUUCCGCUCCUACACCUACGACUCCACCGAGAUCGACCUGCAGUACGCGCUGGAUGCCAAGGGCAAGGAGAUCCGCGAGAUUGUCCUGGACGAGGGAUUCAGCGAAAGCGGCGAGUGGUACAUCCGCCACAAGGCCAGCAAGAAGAACAUGAACGAGGACAUGUACGAAGACAUGACCUUCUACCUGAUCAUCGAGAGGAAGCCCCUCUACUACAUUUUCAACAUCAUCAUCCCCUGCAUCCUCAUCACCAUCAUCGCCAUCUUUAACUUCUACCUGCCCCCGGAUGCCGGAGAGAAGAUGGGUCUGUCCAUCAACGUGCUGCUCACCAUUACCGUGUUCCUGCUGCUGCUGGCCGACAAGGUCCCCGAGACGUCUCUGGGGGUCCCCAUCAUCGUCAACUACAUCAUGUUCACCAUGAUCCUGGUCACUGCCUCCGUCAUCCUCAGCGUGGUGGUGCUCAACCUCCACCACCGCUCGCCCAACACCCACGAGAUGCCCAUGUGGGUGCGCAAGAUCUUCAUCCACCUGCUGCCCCCCUACCUGGGCAUGCUGCGGCCCAAGGUGGAGACCCCGCUGUCCCUGGAGACGCCGGUGCGGCGUGAGGUCAGCGUGAAGACGGUCAGCCGCUCCGCCGACGAGUACUUCAUACGCAAGCCCGCCAACUCCUUCCUCUUCCCCAAGCCCAACAGGUACCAGCCGGAGGGUAUGACCACGGACAUGAGGAAGUACAUCGACGGGCCCAGCAGCUACCUGACACUGCCCGACGAGCUCAAGUCUGCCAUCGAGGCCAUCACCUACAUCGCUGAGGCCCUGCAGGCCGAGAAGGACUACGAAGCUCUGAGGGAGGACUGGCAGUAUGUAGCCAUGGUGGUGGACCGCAUGUUCCUGUGGAUCUUUGUGGUCUUCACCACCGUCGGAACCCUUGGCAUUUUCAUCAACGCCAGCACCAGCCUCACACCCACCGACCCCUUCAAGCCCUGAGCAGGGUGUGUGUGUGUGUGUGUGUGUGUGUGUGUGUGUGUGUGUGUGUGUGUGUGCGUGUGCGUGUGUCCGCAAAUGCCAAGAUCUUCUCUAGCAAAGCACCACCACAUUUCGGUGUGUCUUCAUCUAAAAUCCGUUUUUUGUGUUUUUGUAUUCCAAAUUGUAAUUAGAAUUAGUGCCUUUGUGUUAUCUUAAUAUCAUGAUCACUCCCAUAGGUCUUUGUCUGUAACCGUAUAAUGCAGAUUGAAAAAAAGGAAUGCUUUUAUUGUGAAGCUUGAACGGUGAAGAAGGCAAAGAAAUUAUUUCACAAUAAGGGUGACAGAAAAACAUGUCAACCAUUUCAGCCACCCUUAUUGUGAAAUUAUUUGUUUGUUGUGUUUUCUGGACCCUUGGUGAUACAGUGAAAGUUUGAAAGUGACCUUCGUGGCGCUAUUUGUCUGUGUAAAAAAUGACAGACUGUGGUCAGAUAUCAAGCGGUUGCCCAGAGAGUUUGAAUAAACUUGAAAGCAUACUUGAAAGAUGGAAGUAUUUUAUUUCAUGUUUAAGGAUACUUACACUUUUUCUGAAGGAAACCUAUUUUCACAUGGAUUUCUUACAAACUAAAUGUUAAAUUCAGUUUGAUUUAGUUUGAUGACUAUUGUAUGAAAAAUUUGAUUUGUGAUAAAUGUACUGACAUACACAUUCAACUACAGUGUUACUGUCGAAGAAUUUCGUCAAAUAUUUGUGUGUGUGUGAACAUACAAACAAAUUGAAACCCCCUCAAAA